AUGGCUGUAUCGAAAUUAUUGGACAACUCCACCGCGCUCAACUGCAAGCGCUUCCAGGAGUCACUCUCUGUCAUCAACUGCUUUGCGACUGGCGACAAAGCUAUGAAGGGAACUGGUUUGUCGAGUGAAGUGGCGGAGCUGAUGCGUCGCGUGCGCACCGUGGUCGGCGCCCGCGCACGACUCGCGGGAGUGGGCGGGGUCGGUGCUUCUGGGGCAGGCAGCGUCCACCUGGCGGAGCUGCAGCACGCGCUGGCGGCGUCGUGCCGCGCCACGCCCCGCCUGCGACACGCGUGGCUCUCCAACCUCGCCGAGCACAACGCCAGGCAGGGGGACUAUGAUGAGGCAAUGUGCUGUCAACUGCACAUCGCAGCGCUAAUGGCGGAGUACCUCAAACUGAGAGGCACUCAACAAUGGGGAGCCGACGAGUUCGCAGAGAUCUCACUCAACAUACUACGAGACGAGACCGGCCUCAAAAUCGACGAGGGUAUGACAGACGUGCACUACAACGAGCAGGCCUUCCUCGACCAACUCAUGGUCUGCACAGAAGCCGUCGACAAAGCAGAGAGAUAUGAACUCUUAGGCCCACUAUAUAGGCUCAUAAUCCCUCUGUACGAGCGAAGAAAGGACUACCAAGCAUUACUAGCCUGCUACCAACACCUAACCAAAGCAUAUGCCAAAGUAAUAGAAGUCACUAACUCUGGAAAGCGUCUACUAGGUAGAUUCUAUAGAGUCGCAUUCUUCGGUAAAGCGCACUUCGGUGAAGACGAGGAGGGCAUAGAAUUCAUCUAUAAAGAGCCUAAGCUCACUUCUCUGAGUGAAAUAUCAGAGAAAUUGCAACAGUUUUACGAACAAAAGUAUGGAGCUGGAAAUGUCAAGAUGAUCAUGGAUUCGGCGCCGGUGAACCGUGACGAGCUGGACAGCAAACUAGCAUAUAUCCAAGUGACCUGGGUACGAGCUGCUCCAGAAGGUGUAGUAGUCUCUGGCGGAGGAGAAGGUUCCUUCGAACGAGCGCAUAAUGUACGGCGCUUCGUGUUCGAGACUCCUUUCACAAGAGACGGAGCCGCCAGGGGCCCAGUACAUCAUCAGAGGAUCAGACUCACGCAUUUAACUACGGAUUCAUGGUUCCCGUACGUGAAACGUCGCGUGCCCGUCAUCGACACGCAAGUUGAAGAGAAGAGUCCGAUAGAGGUCGCUGUCUCCGAAAUGGAGGGACAAGUCACUGAGCUGCAGGAGAUUGUUAAUGCGAAGGCGCCUGAUAUUAAGAAAUUGCAACUAAGAUUACAAGGCAGCGUGUGCGUACAAGUGAACGCGGGUCCACUGGCGUAUGCUAACGCCUUCCUAGACCCCACCCUGGCACCCAUGUACCCUGACGACAUGGUGGAGAAGCUUAAAAAUAUAUUCAAAGAGUUCCUAACCGUAUGCCAUGCAGCGUUACAGCUCAACGCGAAACUGAUCAGCUCCGACCAAGUUUCGUACCACGAAGCUUUGGAGACGAAUUACUACAAGCUAAGUCACUCCCUCUCAGGCAUGUUGGGGCAGCCAUUACAAGACAUAUUAGUCAAUGGUAACUUAAGCACGACCGUUCCAGGCGUAGAACUUGAAUCCAGUAACGCUUGA